CAAAUAUUAUUUUACACCCACUUUCUAUCAAUUAGUACUUUUUGAACCCAAAAAAUAAAAAAUAAAAAAACCCCCCCUUCUCUCUCUCUCUCUCUCUCUCUGAUUGCCUCGAACUCAAGCUCUGCUUCGAUCAAUACCAGUUCAAAGAUCCCUCCAUCUAUAUCUCGAUGAUCGUCCCUGCCUCUCUCUUCCCUUUGUUUUAUCUCUCUCUAAUCCCUGACAAAACAAGCAGAUGAACAAGACGAAGCUUGAGAUUCUUGAAAUCGUCUGAAAUCUAGCAUGCAUCUUUAAGUCCAGGGUGUGAGUUGCAGCAAAUUACACAUUCUGGUUUUCUUUUUCCAUAGACUCGGUUACCAUUGGUUCAAGUAAAAUGGAAACUGAACAAGAAGCACAGACAUCCUUAAAUCAGGCAGGAAGUUCCGAUGGAUCUAACCUAAAUGGCUCGAAUCUUGUGGCACGUGUCAAGAAACUGCUGUUUCGGCAAAUGCUGGUGGGGAUCAGUGACGGACGAUUUUUCGUGGGCACAUUCUACUGCAUUGAUAAGCAAGGAAAUAUCAUUCUCCAAGAUGCACUGGAGUAUCGGAGCGCCCGCUCUUCCCCUUCCCCCAUGGAACAGCGUGGCCUCGGUCUCAUUCUCAUCCCCUUUUCUUGCCGAACAUCAUGUCAUGUUGGUUGCUCCAUUGAAGAACAAAUUUCACUACUAUCACUAAAGGAAUAGAGGAAGCAGCUUCAAUUACCAUCCAUCUUCGUCACAACCGAUCAAGUAAGACACUUAUCUGGUUUGUUAUCAGUAACUGCUGCAACCAAUUGUUUCUUGGUGACACACAUGCUCAUGUAUUUAUGCUGCAUACAUUAUGUGUGAGUGUGUGUUUGAACUUGGACCUUCAAAAUCAGACUGUUUUGAAAUAUUUUUGGGUUAUAUCUGUUGGGAGAGUGCAGAACUUAGCUAAUUGAUCUUA